AUGGCUGAUGUGGCUCAAAUGGAGGCAGAUGUGAAGGAGUACAAGCACCAGCUUGAGACGGUUGCAUCAGGCUUGCAGGCAGAUCCUGAGAAUCAGGAACUGCAGAGUCUCAAGUCUGAACUUGAGGAUCUCAUUGCCCUUUCCGAAGUUGAAAUCGCCGAGAAUAAACGAAUCGCGCCGACCAAACCCGCUCCCAAGGAAAGCCGAUUCAACGAGAAUAGUGCCCAGAAAUCCACUGAACACCUGCAGGAGACAGCUGUGGGAAAUGCCCCUGAUAUCCCACUAUCCUUCUCCGUAAAUGAUACCGUCCUGGCGCGCUGGGUUUCUGGUGACAAUGCUUUCUACCCAGCCAAAAUUACCUCCAUCACCGGUUCCUCUACCAACCCCGUGUACCUUGUCUCAUUCAAGUCAUAUGCAACGGUGGAAAACUUGACAGCCAAGGAUAUCCGACCCAUCUCUGGCACUGACUCGCGAAAGCGCAAGGCUGAUGGAACCCCAGGCAGUUCGGCGUCUCCCUCGCCCGCCCCCGCUCACCCCGGUGUGAUCUCCGCCGCGGCAGAUAUCAAUCCCGCACUGGCUACCCAGGCUCGCAACGAACCCAACAAGGCAGGUGACGGACUAGUUCGUCCCGCCAAGAUGCCUCGCAAGGUCAAGGCGAACAAGGAACUCGAAGCAGGCAAGAACAAAUGGCAAGAUUUCGCUGCAAAGGCCAAGGUCAAAAGCAAGGGCAAGUUUGGCAAGAAGGACAGCAUGUUCCGCACGGGCGAAGGUCUCAACGCUCGAGUGGGUGUCACAGGAUCCGGUCAGACCAUGCGCAAAGAUCCGACCCGUACUCGCCAUGUUUACCAGCAGACCGAAGAUGAGGGCUAUUAG